UGGGCCCUCUAUAUUACUGACCGGCCCGAAAACUUUCUUAUCCGACGUGGACAUCAACACGAGGUCGGUUCUCAUCGUCUUCCUCAAAAACCUCUACUUUUAGGGUUUUCAUUCGGGAGUCAAGAUCAAGAUCAAGAUCUCUUUUUUUUCCCCCAUUUUUGUGUGGGGAGCUCUUAUUUUGUUGGGGUUUGAGAUUAUUGAGAAGCAAUGGAGCCAGAGGUGAUAAAAGUAGAGUUGGUACUGCCAACACAUAUGAGUUUCAAGAGGAUACAAAUAUAUGAGAAAUACCCAAAAGGCCAAUCAAAAGUCAGGUGGAAACAGCUCAAGCAAAUCCUUCAAGCUGAAAAUUACCAUAAUUAUCCUCCUGAUGAAGCCAAUUAUGUUAAUAUUGAGUCACCACCUUCAAUGCAUCCGUGCAAAAAAAUUUGUGAUAUAACAGGAUUUGAGGCACCUUACCAUGAUCCAAGGACCAAUCUCCGCUAUGCAAAUGCUGAUGUCUUCAAGCUUGUGAGAUCUCUUCCCAAUGAGCAUGUGCAAAGGUACCUGGCUCUGAGGAAGGCGGCAGUGGUUUUGAAGUGAAGGUUUUUCAUUCAAGAGAUGUGGAAGACGGGGUUUGGUCUUGAAUCAAUUAUUUACUUGACAAUUAGAUGAGGGUUUACUUGAAUGUAUCAUCCCCAAGAUAUCAUGGUGUACAAUCUACAAUUUGUUUGAUUCAUGGAUGGGAGAAUACAGUAUCACAUGCCCCUAGAAACCUCUCCAAAACUGAAGUAAUUUUCUUGGAUAGUUAUGGGUUAAUUGUAGUACCAGAUAAACUGGACUCCCCUAAAACAGUACGUUUUCUAUGGGAUGAGGCUGUCUGCUCCAGUGCUCACCAAAGCAGGAUCAUUCUAUUUAGGAUUUAAUGUGCUAGUUGGUUCAUAUGUUCA